AUGGAUCCGCCAGUGAGCCGCAUCGGCUGGAACGAUCAGAAAAUUAUGAGAACGAAACGCGAGUUGAACUCGGUGAGCAAACGGAAGGCGAAUCGAGCGAAAAUGACGAGUUUUAGGUGAAAGUGAUCAUGAAGGAGAAUGUGAAAAAGAUUAUGGAAAGACAGGGAAACCUCGAUGAGCUGGUCGACAGAGCUCGUGAGUUUCCGGCUGGACAGAUCACUCAAACUACUUUUUUCUGUAGAAAAGCUCGAAGAGGCGUCGGACGUGUACCAGAAGUGCGCAGUGAAGAUUCAUCGUGAGGCGAGCUGGAAGCACCACGCCCUCCGCAACGCCUUCAUCGCCAUCUCCAGCGUUUCCGCACUCGCCGGCAUCGGUCGGUCAUUUCCGUACUUCUACAGUAAUCGUUCCCUCCUUUCAGCCUACUCACUUCUCUAA